CACUCGCCCAGCAGCCCGGAGCGCGGUGGUGCCUCUGCGCUCGCAGGGGCUCGUUCCCCCCCACCCCUGCCGAGGGAGGCGCCUUGGGAACUAACCCUUUUCGUCCCCUGCCUUUUUGAUCGGCGCCGCCGCCGGAGGGGAGAAGUGCAAGGAAGGCGCCGAGGAGGGAGGAGGAGGAGGAGGGAGAGGGGCUUGCCAGGAUGGCGACGGUGGUGCUGGAGCCCGAGUCGGAGGCGUCGUGCAGCCUCCCCAACGCGGUGCCCCCCUCGCCUAGCCUGUCGCACCGCUUUCUCGACAGCAAAUUUUAUCUCCUGGUCGUGAUCGGCGAGCUGGUCACCGAGGAGCAUCUCAGGAGAGCGAUCGCCAACAUAGAGCGAGGUAUCCGAUCAUGGGACACCAACCUAAUUGAAUGCAAUUUGGAUCAAGAACUGAAACUUUUUGUGUCUCGCCAUUCAGCCCGAUUUUCUCCAGAUGUACGAGGUCAGAAAAUUCUUCACCACAGAAGCGAUGUCUUAGAAACUGUAGUCCUGAUCAAUCCUUCGGAUGAAGCAGUCAGCACUGAGGUGCGUUUAAUGAUCACAGAUGCUGCAAGACACAAGCUGCUGGUACUGACUGGGCAGAGCUUUGAAAACACCGGCGAGCUCAUUCUACAGUCUGGGUCUUUCUCAUUUCAGAAUUUUAUUGAGAUCUUCACUGACCAAGAGAUUGGAGAAUUAUUGAGCACUACUCACCCUGCCAACAAAGCCAGUCUAACACUUUUCUGUCCUGAGGAAGGGGACUGGAAGAAUUCAAAUCUUGAGAGACACAACCUUCAAGAUUUUAUCAACAUUAAACUCAACUCUGCCUCUAUCUUGCCGGAAAUGGAAGGACUUUCUGAAUUCACAGAGUAUCUGUCAGAAUCAGUAGAAGUGCCAUCACCUUUUGAUAUCUUGGAGCCACCAACUUCCGGUGGCUUUCUGAAACUUUCUAAACCUUGCUGUUACAUCUUUCCAGGUGGAAGAGGAGAUUCUGCAUUGUUUGCAGUUAAUGGUUUUAACAUGCUUAUCAAUGGAGGGUCUGAGAGAAAAUCUUGCUUCUGGAAACUCAUCCGACAUUUGGACAGAGUGGAUUCAAUUCUGCUCACACAUAUUGGAGAUGACAACCUGCCAGGAAUUAAUAGCAUGCUACAACGGAAGAUAGCUGAAUUAGAAGAGGAGCAGUCUCAAGGAUCUACUACCAACAGCGACUGGAUGAAAAAUCUGAUUUCACCUGAUUUAGGGGUUGUAUUUCUUAAUGUUCCUGAAAGCUUGGGAAACCCAGAUCCUAAUUUUCAGUUAAAAAGAAGCGUGGAAGAAGCUUGUUUCACAUUGCAGUACUUAAAUAAGUUAUCUAUGAAACCAGAACCUCUUUUUAGAAAUGUGGGAAGCAUUGAACCCAUUAUACUUUUUCAAAAAAUGGGAGUUGGAAAGCUUGAAAUGUAUGUGCUCAACCCAGUGAAAAAUAGCAAAGAGAUGCAGUAUUUCAUGCACCAGUGGACAGGUACAAACAAAGAUAAAGCUGAACUGGUGCUACCAAAUGGUCAAGAGGUAGACAUACCAGUUUCCUAUUUGACUUCAAUCUCAUCUUUGAUUGUAUGGCAUCCUGCAAAUCCUGCUGAAAAGAUCAUCAGAGUUCUUUUCCCAGGAAACAGUUCUCAAUAUAGCAUAUUAGAUGGACUAGAGAAACUCAAACAUUUAGACUUUCUUAAGCAUCCAACAGUUACACAGAAAGAUCUAACUGGUAAUGUAGCAAGUCCAGCAGUAAAACAAGCAAAACUUAAGCAGCGAACAGACAGUAAGGAAAGUCUCAAACCUGCCACAAAAGCACCACCAAGCAAAACAGUCAGAAAAGAAUCAAGAGAGGAGGCACCUGACACAGGUAAAUCAAGCCCACCUGAAAAGACUCAAAAAGUAGAAAGUAAAGAAAAACCCACAGUAAAAAAAGAUAAGCCAGCAAAAGCUGAGGCUAGGCUUUCUGUGACAGAAAAAGAUCUGACAGCUAAGGAGCAGCAGCUUGUGAAAUCUGAAGCAGCUGAAAAACAAGCAGCUGAUGUCAAACCAAAAGUAGUGAAGGAGAAGCCUGUGAAAAAGGAAGUGAAAGUGAAAUCUGAGGAAAAGCAAGAGGAAAAGGAAAAACCAAAGAAAGAGGCGCCUAAGAAAGACGAAAAAAUCCCAGCUAAGAAAGAAGAAAAACCUAAAAAGGAAGAUGCCAAGAAAGACCUGAAAAAAGACUCUAAGAAGGAAUCAAAGAAAGAAGCACCUCCAAAAGAAUCUAAAAAAGAAGAGAAAAAAGACGUUAAGAAGGAAGAAAAAAAAGAGCCCAAGAAGGUUCCAAAAGAAACAAAGAAAGUGUCUGCUGCUUUGCCAGAGUCCAAAAAGGUUGCAACAAAGCCUAAGCCACAGAAGAAGGAAGAGACUGUCAAAAAGGAAAGUGGACUUGUCGGGAAACCAAAGGAAAAAGUUAAAGGCAAGCCACUGAAGAAAGAGGUCAAGGUUACCGAAACAGCAGCUGCGGCGACUGCCGUGGGAGCUGUUGCUGCAAGUGUGGCAGCUGUGGGGCUGGCAGCUCCUGGAAAAGAACUUGAGGUGGAGCGAUCACUCAUGUCUUCACCAGAGGAUUUAACAAAAGACUUCGAAGAAUUAAAGGCUGAAGAAAUUGUAGCUGUAAAGGAAACAAAGCCUCAGGUAGAUAUAAUAGAAAAUGACGGCAAGUUAACAGAUAUAGACCAAAAGGAGGAUUAUGAAGUUCAGAAGGAGAAAACAGAAGGUCCUGCUGAUUCUCCUGAUGAAGGCAUAACUACCACUGAACCUGAGGGAGAAUGUGAACAAACUCCUGAAGAACUUGAGCCUGUCGAAAAAGACAGGGUUGAUGACAAUGAAAAGUUUGAAGAUGAAGGGACAGGUUUUGAAGAAUCAUCUGAGACAGGUGACUAUGAAGAAAAGGCUGAGACAGAGGAGGCUGAAGAACAAGUUGACAAUGAGGAAGAAGAGGCACCACUAGGUCUCAAAAAGCAAGAUAUGAAGGAUACAGUAGAAACCGGGGAGAUUGAAAAGGAAAUAACUGCGAUACCUGAGCAUGAGAAAAUGAAAGCUUUAAAAUAUGAUGAAAAAGCAGACUUUAAGGCAGAUGAGGAGCAAGAUGAAGAAUAUGUAGAUGAAACAGUUGAAAAGGCAGAAAUAGAAGGGACUGAGGAGGAAGACAAAACUGAGGAUGUCAGAGAUGAAGAAGAGGAAACUGAAAAAAUUGAAGUUGGAGAGGACUAUGUUAUGGCUGUUGUAGACAAAGCAGCAGAAGCUGGUGAGAUUGAUCAUAAAUACAGCUUGCAUAUAACUACUCCAACGAAGCUCUCAGAACCUCUAUCUCCAGCUAAGGAACCAGCCUCUUCCAUCCAUGAUGAAACUUUGCCUGGUGGUUCAGAAAGUGAAGCAACUGUUUCAGAUGAAGAAAACAGGGAAGAUCAGCCUGAGGAAUUCACGGCUACUUCAGGUUAUACCCAGUCAACGAUUGAAAUAUCAAGUGAGCCAACUCCAAUGGAUGAAAUGUCAACUCCAAGGGAUGUGAUGAGUGAUGAAACUAAUAAUGAGGAAAGUGAAUCCCCAUCCCAGGAAUAUGUUAACAUUACUAAGUAUGAGUCAGCACUGUAUGUUCAGGAAUUUGCUAAGCCUAAACUUUCACCAUUUCCUGAUGCUUUCAAUGGAUUAUCUGAAGGAUCUAAAACAGAUGCUACUGAAGGCAAAGACUAUAAUGUUUCGGCUUCUACCAUUUCACCACCUUCUUCCUUAGAGGAAGACAGAUUCAGUAAAUCUUCCUUCCAAGAUCUGUACCACCAACGAGAACAUGAAGUCAGAAGUACUGGUAAAUUAGAAAUUUCAGAAGCUGUGGAUGAAAAACAUAGUCCAGCUAAGAGUCCAGAUGAAAGUCCAACCCCUCUGUCGCCAGUUGCUAGAACGCCUCUGAGUGAACGGAGUGUGAACUUUUCGCUGACUCCCAAUGAAAUUAAAGUAUCAACAGAACCUGCAGCUCUCACAGUGCUGCCUGAAAAACCUCAUGAAACCCCUGAAGAGCACUGUCCCAGCCCUGAUGAUAAAACAUUGGAAGUAGUUUCCCCAUCACAAUCCGCUGCUGGUAGUGCUGGGCACACACCUUAUUAUCAGUCUCCAACAGAUGAAAAAGCAAGCCAACUUCCAUCUGAGAUUUCUGGAAAAGCGACAGAAGCACCAAUCAGCUUUGAAGUCAGUGAUGCCAAAGAUAAUAUUGCAAAACAUAGAAUAAGCCCAAUGGAUGAACCAGUGCCUGACUCUGAAUCACCUUUUGAAAAAGUGCUCUCACCUUUACGAAGUCCACCACUGAUAGGUUCAGAACCUUCCUAUGAUGCCUAUUUGAGUGCCGAUGUCAAGUCUCCUGUCAGAGAAACUGAGAGUCCCUUUGAAGAGAAAAGUGAAAAAGACAGAUCUCCCUCACAGAAGAGCCCGGUUUCUGAAGUGAGUUCUCCUAGCAUUUUCCAAGAACAGCAAGUUGAAAAAGACAUGCAGCUUCCAUCACCAAAAGCAGACUUCAUCUUAGAAAGGACAAAAGAUGACUUAGAAACUUCAGAAACUCAGCCUGCAUUGGUUUUGGAUGAAAGGAAGCUAGGAGAGGUUUCUCCUACACAGGUAGAUAUUAGUCAUUUUAGCUGUUUCAAAGAAGACACCAAAAUGUCAAUCUCUGAAGGCACAGUCUCUGAUAAAUCUGCAACGCCUGUUGAUGAAGUUGUAGCAGAAGACACUUAUUCACAUAUUGAAGGAGUUGCCUCUGUUUCAACAGCAUCUGUUGCUACUAGUUCAUUUCCAGAACCAACCACUGAUGAUGUAUCUCCUUCGCUGCAUGCUGAGGUUGGUUCUCCUCAUUCUACUGAAGUAGAUGAUUCUCUUUCUGUGUCUGUUGUACAAACACCAACAACAUUUCAGGAAACAGAAAUGUCUCCAUCUAAAGAGGAAUGCCCAAGACCCAUGUCUAUUUCUCCCCCAGAUUUUUCCCCUAAAACAGCUAAAUCAAGGACACCUGUUCAAGAUCAUAGGUCUCCUGAGCAGUCAACUAUGUCAGUAGAAUUUGGACAAGAUUCACCUGAGCAGUCUUUGGCAAUGGACUUCAGUAGGCAGUCUCCUGAACACCCCAUAGCAGGUACAGUUAUGCACCAUAUAUCUGAAAAUGGCCCCACUGAAGUUGAUUAUAGCCCUCCAGAUGUGCAGGAGCACUCUUUCCCACAUAAGAUAUCACCAGUGGACCAAGCAUGUUAUGGCCAUGAAAAGGAUAUUUCUGAGAUUAUUUCAGUAUCUCAGAUAGAGGCUUCACCAUCUUCCUCUUCUGCUCAUACACCAUCGCAGGCAAGUUCUCCCCUGCAAGAAGAGACUAUAUCGGGGGUUAUGCAGCCUAGUGAUAUGCCAUUACAUUCUGCAUUUCCAUCAGACAAAAUGCAGAGUCUGGGAGAAAAACUUUCACCGAAAUCUGACUUAUCUCCCUUAACACCACGAGAGUCCUCUCCUUUAUACUCACCUAGCUUUUCAGAUUCACCUCCUGUGAUGAAAGAAACAAGUGCUUCUAGCCACUCACCUCCACUAGGAUUGCAAAUGUCUCCAGAGAAAGAGUUUGGCUAUCAUACUUCAGUAGUUCAAGAUCCUCUAACAAAGCAUAGUCAAGAACUCCUAGCCUCUACAGGUCAAGAAGAUGCUGACGAGUCAGUCAGGUCACCUGAAGCUCUUAAUUACUCAUACAAUGGAACUAGAAAAACUACUGGAUCACCUCCGGCUCCGGCUAUUAGUUAUUCCUAUGAAAAAACAGAAAAAGUCACUGGCUCCCCUGAAGCUCUUGAUUAUUCCUAUGUAGCAACAGGCAAAACCACAAGAUCACCUGAGACAGAAAGCUAUUCCUAUGAAACAACAGAAAAAGCCCCCAAGUCACCAGAGGGCUUUGCUUAUUCCUGUGAAAAAAGCACCAGAUCAUCGGAGUCUGUCAGCUACUCUUUUGAGCCCAUUGAAAAAUCCAGCACAUCACCAGAUACUAUUAGCUAUUCUUAUGAGACUACUGAAAAAACUAGCAAGUCACCCGAGACUGUCAGUUACUCUUAUGAGACCACAGAAAAAGCUAGCAAAUCUCCUGAAACUAUUAGCUACUCUUAUGAGACCACAGAAAAAGCUAGCAAAUCACCCGAGACUGUCAGUUACUCUUAUGAGGUGACUGGAAAAACUACCAGAUCACCCGACACUGCUAGUUACCACUAUGAAACUGAUAAGUACUUUGCCUCAGAAAAAUCAGAGACGCGCCAAGAUGUGGAUUUAUGCCUUGUUACUUCCUGUGAAUACAAGCACCCCAAAACAGAACUUUCACCUUCCUUUAUCAAUCCAAACCCCUUAGAAUGGUUUGCAAGUGAAGAAGCAUCUCAGGAACAAGAGAAGCCGUUCACUCAAUCUGGAGGUGGGCCUCCACCUUCGGGAGGAAAACAACAAGGCCGUCUGUGUGGCGAAACUCCUCCAACUUCAGUAAGUGAAUCUGCUCCAUCACAGACUGACUCUGACGUGCCCCCUGAGACUGAAGAGUGCCCUUCUAUUACAGCAGAUGCUAACAUUGAUUCGGAAGAUGAAUCUGAAACUAUUCCAACAGAUAAAACCAUUACAUAUGAACACAUUGAUCCUCCACCAGUCCCAAUGCAAGAUCGCAGCCCUUCACCUAGGCAGCCCGAUGUCUCCAUGGUAGACCCUGAAGCCUUGCCCAUAGAUCAGAAUCUAGGUAAACCUUUGAGGAAAGAUCUGAAAGAGAAGACCAAAACAAAAAAGCAGGGCACCAAGACCAAGUCUUCCUCUCCUGCUAAGAAGAGUGACAGUAAGUCAAAGCAGGUGGCUUCACCAAAGCCUGCUGGCUUGAAAGAAUCGUUGGAUAAAGUGUCGAGAACGGCUUCACCCAAGAAGAAGGAGUCUGUGGAGAAAGCUGCCAAAAACAUCUCUACUCCAGAGAUAAAAUCUUCUCGUAAUGAGGAGAAGGAUAAGGAAACCAAGAACGCAGCCAAUUCUACAACAUCAAAGUCAGCAAAGACAGUGACUGCAGGACCGGGAAAUGCCAAACAAACAAAAUCUAUAGCUGUCCCUCCAGGACCUCCUGUAUAUUUAGACCUGGUCUACAUUCCCAACCACAGCAAUAGUAAGAACGUUGAUGUAGAGUUUUUCAAGAGGGUGAGGUCAUCCUACUACGUGGUGAGUGGGAACGAUCCUGCUGCCGAAGAGCCGAGCAGGGCUGUGCUGGACUCCCUGCUGGAGGGCAAGGCUCAGUGGGGAAACAACAUGCAGGUGACCCUAAUCCCAACUCAUGAUUCAGAGGUGAUGCGGGAAUGGUAUCAAGAGACCCAUGAGAAACAACAGGACCUUAACAUCAUGGUUUUGGCAAGCAGCAGCACUGUUGUUAUGCAAGAUGAAUCUUUCCCUGCAUGCAAGAUUGAACUGUAAAAAAAAAAAAAAGCAAUGCUUCACAACUUUAAACUUUAUUUCCAGAAAGUCUUCAAUUUGAAAACACCUUUUUUAAAAAUGUAAUCCAUCUAAUUCAGCUGCUGAACUAUAUAUUCCUGCCAAAUGCUAUACUGUAUCACAGUGAUGCAAGUCACUAAUCUUUCUUUCUUUUCCGGUCUUUGCUGAUAGCUAUGGGAAAUAACAGUAUUCCCACCAUAGGGUUCAGAUUACUGCACAAACUGCAGAUCCAGGUUCAUCUCCACUGAACACUUGAAAACCAUGCACUAGCAAACACUGCUGACUUCUGCCAGGUUAUGGGCAUUUGCCCUUGAGGGAAACACAGGGAGGGGGGCGGGAGGGGAGAGAGAAAGUGAGAGAGAGAGAGAAAGAGAGAGAGGGAGGUAGAGGAGAAUAAACUCAUCCAUUUUGCAUUACUCUCAAAGCAAUCAAUGCAUUGCUUCCUGUAGUCUUGCUGUCACUUAAAAAGAAAGACAUAGUUUUCCUCAGUUGGAGUUAUCACAAGAGUGGGAGUUUUUAAUUUAGUGACAAUUAGCCAGAAAAUUAUGUGAAACUGAGCAUGGCUUUGAAGGGACAUGAAAUCCAAAACACACACUUGCUGUUAGCAACUUCACUUUUCAGUGCUUCAUACUCGCUUAACACAGUUCUCUUAGGCAAUAUAUGCUAGUAGUUUGAACCUCAUUCACUUUAACAUGCAAACCUGUCGGUCUAAGGCAUGCUCCCAGGGAAGAUCCACCUAAUCCUCUUAAAUUUGACAAACUUGCAUGCUGAAACACCCAAGUCACAGUCAAGUUUACUGAAGCAAAAUACCAAAGCAGUUGGGAGUACCUAUGGUAGACAAUUUGCCUUAGAAAGUGACUUGAAUGUAAAAAGAUACUUGAUGCACUUAUUUUUUAAUGCAAGAUAGCAAGUUUAUAAACCAUCUGUGUAGGAUUAUAGUUACACCAGUACAGAAAUAUGCGUGUGCAUGUGUGCUAUUGGAAACCUUUCUGAUGGGUCAAACAGCUUGGUGCUAUGAAUUAUGUAUGUCAGUGGAACACCUCAUUGGUGCACCUGAACUGCAAGCCAUUUUUGAAAGAUUGGUUUUUUUCCUCCUAUUUUCUGCUUCAUAGAAGUAUGAAAGAAAGGGUGCCCAGUACCAGAAAUGCAAAACUUAACAAACAUACAGAAUGUUGCAAAAAGGUUCUUUGCACAUCUGUAUAGUCUUUGGAAGACUUCUUUGUCUUACAUUCUUUUGACUGUUUGAUUUAAGAGUGAUAAUGGGAACAAAUGUACAGAAGAAUUUUUUUAGCUGUGUGUGAACUUUUAAUAGAUGAAUUUUUAAACUGAAGUUUCAUUUCCAGGAAAUUGCAAAGAAAAAAAUUCGGAUAAAGGCUUUUUUUUUUUUUUUUUUUUUAGUAGUUUUGUAAGACAAAUGCAUAAUGUUGUUUUGGAGUUCUGGUGAGAAUGAAGUAAGAUACUGCAGUAGCGUAUUUAUUGAAAACCAUUAACUGCCAAGAAUUAUGUUGCAGGGAGCACACUAACAAUAUGUCUUAAGUGUUACUGAUCAAAGGAUGGAGGACUGAAAGGCUGGUUGGCUUCUUUUUUAACUGGGGGUCAGCCUGAAUACUGGGCUGGCUGAAGGGAACACGUAACCCAAGCAGUCAUUGGCGGCAGCAAUAUUUUUCAUGGUACCAAUGGAAACAGUUUGCGAUUCGGAGUUUUGGUGCAGCAUCUUCUGUGACAUUGCAGCCAGUCCUGCAAUGUCCUUCUCGAACUGACUAGCACAGCAGGAUGGGGCAACCCAGUGGCUCAGGCCAGCUCUGCCUAGGUUUCCUUUCUCCUAGUUUUGUUAUGAGUAAAUUUAGCUCAAGGAAGGCAAGCAGUUUGUCUUUCCAAUAUUUGCAGAUUCCUUCCAAAAGGAAAACCAAGGCUGUGUGUAUGUUUAAUUCUAUGAGAGCAUAGAAGAGUUACAAAAUGUAGCUUAGGUGUCAGAAUUCAGUAUUCUAAGAAUCUCAUCCCUCUUUGAAUUAAAAAGUUUCUUACCUGUAAGGUUGCAUGGAGAAACCAAAAGAGUUGUGGAUUAGGAUUUCUGGCAGUCAGAGAAUACAGUUUAAUACGCCUCUCCAAGCCCCACAGUAGAAGAAUAAAUUAUACAGAAUAAGAGAAAGCAUGCAGAUAUGCAUAAUUUAUAUAGAUUACAGAAUUCAGUCUUUAUCACAGAAUUUGGGUUAUACUGGAGAAAAAAAUUGAACAAUUGCAGAGUACAGACAGCCUGUGUAAAACUUCUGUCCUGCUAUUAAGGCAGAUGGGCUCAAAGAGGUAGAAAAUGCUAGAGCCUCUGACCUCAUAGAAAAGAAACUGGUGCUGGUAGAAUACUUUAAGGACCAGACAGCAUGUUCUCACUACAUAUUAUACCCAUUAUGUUUUACUUUGUGGCUUUGUACAGAAUUUACAUAAGCUCAUUUCUUUAUAAUAGGAAUUUGCAUUGUUCUGCGAUGGUCAUCUUGGUGGAAGGCUUUGGUUCCAUUAAGUAGUGGACAAUUGCAGCUUUUCAUUUUCUAUUGGUUGUAUAAUUUAUUUCAAUGGUUAACAUUGUUUAUUUUUGUUUUGAUAGAUGUGCAUUUGCACUGCUAAUUUUUAUAUUUUUUUAAUCCUACUUCUGACCCCUUUUAAUUUGGGCUGUGUAGCCCAGUUAAUGCUGUGAAAUAUUGUUUGUUACAUGUUUUGUGCAGUUAAAAAUUCUAAUAUUUUAUUUUUGUUCGACAUCUCUAGCAAUGCUGCUUUAUUUAUUAUUUUCCCCUGGCCCUUCAAACACUUGUGUUCUUGCACUCCCUCUGAUCGGAACAAUAUUUGUGGAAGCACUAACUGUCUUAAAACGUCUUUUAAAUUUUCAUAUGAUUGUAGCGUGCAUGGCAAAGGGAAAUGUAUUGUGGAAAGAAGCAAAUUACUGAGUCAUGAUCACCUAUGCUACAUUUCUUCUCAAAUGCGAUCAUCUUGAUCCUUAAAAUGGGUUUGCACCAUAGCAGAGAGUGCUUUGUAACAGACUCCUGUGCAGGACAGGUGGAGGAAGCUUGCUCUGCUGUGUUGCCCAUAUGGAAGCCGCCGGUACCUUGAAACUCAAAUGCCCACAUGUUGUCAUAGGACCGGACAUUACUCCUGCUUGCCCACUUCCUAGCUCAGAUGUAGCCUUUUUGUAGCACAGCAUCUGACGAUGCAGUGACCUCGACAACACAUUUGUCCACACUGGAAGAACCAGCACAAUAUUGCCAACCACACAUUACAUGACUGUGGCGGUGUGCAGGGCACAGUUGUGUUGCCCACGCUCAUUCAGCUUGCUCUGCUAACACAGUCAGUGCGUCUUUUACAGUCUGCUACUAUGGAUGUUUACCUAGAAGCAAGUCAUGCUGAGUUUAGUGAGGUUUAUUCCCCAGUAGGUAUCCAGGGACUGAAUUUAAGUCCAGCGAAUUACCAGUGCAAUAUUCCAUCGAGCUACCAAUUCUGUAGACUUUGUUUUUCUUGCUAUUCCCUCACUUUGUAAUUAAGCAGAAUUUAAAGGCUUGGAUCCAGAUAUACUCUUACUUAAGAGUAGAUGGCAUUGACAUUACUCAGACAUCGCUGAUUUGAAUCCCAUUGGUUUCAGUGUGUCUGCUCUUAAGUAUUACUAAGCCUGUAUCCAAACCAUGGCAUUUUGCGGCACAAGUAUAUAUUUCACAAACCUUUUGACCAAAAAUGGAGAAUGUAGUUAAAAGGGAGCAAGGGCAUUGUGGAGGUUACCAUCUAGUCUGUUUUUAGGAGGGCUGCUUCUUUUAACAAAAUACAGGAUUGGGGUUUCUUUUGUUGUUCUGUCUUAACUAGCAAUAUUAAAUGUAUAUACUUUUGUAUGUUGAAAAGAGAAGUGGUCAUUGCUGUCCCCCACUAAUCUAUGUACAUCAGCAGUCCUGUUAAAGCGGAUUUUUUUAAAAGCAGCUUAACAGCGCAAUUCUGUGUAUGUCUGCUCAGAAGUAAGCCUCACCAAGUUCAAUGGGACUUAUUACCAGGUAAAUCUGUAUAGGAUUGCAGCCUUAAUGGGUUCGAAUUUGGCCUUAACACUCCUUCACUUUAUGCACAUUCUUUAUCACUCUUACAGAAUUGUGGAAGCAAAACUGUAAUCAAGUUCUUGUGUCAGCUGCAGCCUUUUUUCAGUGCUUCAGAAGUCUUGUAUAGCCUCAUUCAGCUUUCGGAUGCCAACUAACCUUUUCCUGUAUGAAAAUGUGGCAUUCUCUGUGAUGUCUUGCCCUAACUGGUCUCCCCAGAUGCACUUGACUGCAACUCCCAUUUCCCAGCCAGCCGAGCUAUUGGCUGGGAAUUGUGAGAACUGGAGGGCAGCAGGUUGACACUGCCCUAAGGCUUGGAAACAAAGAUGCCCUUGUGCAGAAGCCAUGUUGCUUCAUUCCCUGUUCCUCCUCUGUAGCACCCAGGCUGGAUUGUAAUGGACAGAGAACUUUGGGAAGGGCUUUUGGAGGAUCCAAGGAGAGACAGCACAGGUGAAAUUAACACCCGCCCUGCACACAGCAUGAUGCUUUCCCCAGUGCAGCAGUAUCUUUGGCUCCAAGCCCAGAUUCCCAGCUUCAGGUUUCCAAAUACAACUGGGAAAGUGGGCCGAGUAUUUUGCAAACACCUUCAUUUUCUUCACACAUGCCGACACACAUACACAUAGAAAGUUUUAACUGGCAGUUGGUUCUGGUGUUCUUUUUCAAAAGAAGCUCCUCCUGACCAAAUUAAUGCCUUUCUUGCCUGUGCAACUAACCUAAUUGUGUUAGUCGCAGCCGGACACAAUUAGCUUAGCGACAGUCAAUCAGAAAGUACCACGGAUAUUGAUAUUGAGCUCUGUUGCUCAGCACAGAUUACUAGAAGCAUGGUUCAAUAUGGAUUAGUCUAAUUCUAAUGUAUAAUAUUUGGGUGUUAAGACCACUCUAGAAAAUGGCAUUACCCAUUGGUAACAUUCCCCUAAUCAUGGCCUUUAUGAUAGUACUAUACUGCUGAUGGAAAUUCAGUGAUGGUUUAGUUAAGAUCUCAGCCCAAUCUCCAAGUUAACACAGACCUUCUUUUGCAUGCCUUUUCAUUUCCCAGGGUGGGUUUAAUUACAAAUAUUCCUACCUUGUAAUUCCCUCUUUUGUUUUUUUUCUCUCUCAUGCUUCUUUUUAUUUUUGGACAUACUAUGGUGAUUGGAUCCAAAUGUGUAUAUGAAUGUGUUUAGCUGUCUUCAGUAGCUUAAGCAGUUUAGAAACCUUGCAACAUGGGAUAGAGAAGAACAGUUUUGCUUAGGGAAAUUGCCUCAAGAACUGCCACCCCAAGGAGUUAUUCUGCAUUUUCAAGUUUUAUGUCAUAGGCCCUUUCUUUGUCCAUACGUAGCCAGAGAUUUUUUGCUUACAGGACAAUAGUAAUUUUGUGUGGUCUGGCAUUAUUAGCAAUGGGAAAAUAAUGUUUAUACUUAAAAAAAAAAAUUAAAGCUCACCUUUUCACUUGAUAGUUGAACAAACCAUGAAAAUCAGUCUAGGUACAAGCAGUUCUUCAAAAGCAUUUGCAAUUGCAUUGCUUGCCUUGCUAAAAGAUGUUUGCUAUUAAAAAUCUGUUUGUUGUGAUCUUACAAAAUAAUAAAAAUGCAGCAUCAAAACCUUGAACAUUUAAGGUGGGGGGGGAAUGCUUCUCUGCACUAAAGUAGCUUAGGAGCUCCAAAUGCCCAGCGCUACCAUUAUAUUCAUACAAGACUGGGCUGUAAUCAUACCAGUAAAAGCGCAAUUCUGAAGUUCCAGGAUGCUUUUCACAUGUUUGCAUGCAGCCAUUUAUUCUUCCAAGCCAUGGAGAGAAAGUCUUGUUGCUGGCUGAGAAGCACCUCACACACUCCUCUCUCUGGUUCUGAAUGGUCUUGUUUGUGUCGGUCUGCAGCUGUGUAUGGUUUAUGUCUUAUAAUCCUGCAUCACCUCUAUUCUAUCCAGUCAUACCUAACGUAGAAAAUUAGUUUCCAGUGAAAGUAAUAUGUAGUGCUUUUAUGAUAUUUGUGUGCAAUAUCCCCUCUUCCGUUGAGGAUAUUUGAUGUAAAGGAAACAAGCGCAGUUCCACAAUAAAAUACAAAAAUAGUUCAA